AUGUCGUACAAUUACUUGUUCAAAUUCAUAAUUGUGGGAGAAACUGGAGUUGGAAAAACUUGCCUGGUUUACCAAUUGACAUCCGCGCGGUUCAAACCAGUUUACGAGGUCACAAUCGGAGCUGAAUUCGGAUCCAGAACGAUCACCGUCGACCGGAAGCCAAUUAAGCUGCAAAUAUGGGACACGGCGGGACAGGAAAAGCUCCGAUCACUCACGAGAUUAUAUGUAAUUAUUAAUUGGCUCGAGGAUUUACAAAAACACGGCGAUGAGAAAUUGACAGUAAUGGUGGUGGGGAACAAGUGCGAUCUCGACGAAGAAACUAGGGCUGUUAGUAAAGAGGAAGGAGAGGAAUUCGCGGAGAAGAAUGAGUGUUUGUUCAUGGAAGUUUCUGCUAGAACGGCAAAGAAUGUGGAGGUGGCAUUCGGUAUCGCGGCGGAGGAAAUAUGUGGGAAGAUCGGAAAGGGGGAUUUUGGGACGCUGGAGGGAUAUAAGGGAAUUACAAUAGGGAAUUCGAGAGGAAAAAGUAAAAGAUUUUACUCAUGUUUAUAUACUAAGAAAACUGCCCGCACGAACUAUCCCAAUUAG